AUGGCCUCCCGACCUACCGUCAGCAUCAUCGGCAAAGAUGGUCGCCCUUCGGGCCAGACCCAUGUCAUGCCCGCUGUCUUCAGCAGCCCUAUCCGACCUGAUGUCGUCCAGAAGGUUCACACCGGAUUGGCGAAGAACAAGCGUCAGCCUUACGCCGUCAGCGUGAAGGCCGGUCACCAGACCUCUGCCGAGUCUUGGGGAACUGGUCGUGCCGUUGCCCGUAUUCCCCGUGUCUCUGGUGGUGGUACUCACCGUGCCGGUCAGGCUGCCUUCGGUAACAUGUGCCGUUCCGGUCGCAUGUUCGCUCCCACCAAGACCUGGCGCAAGUGGCACAUCAAGAUCAGCCAGGGCCAGAGGCGCUAUGCCACCUGCUCCGCCCUCGCUGCCACCGCCGUCGCUCCUCCUCUUGGCCCGUGGCCACCAGAUCUCAAGAUCGCCGAGGUUCCCCUCGUCGUCGACUCCGCCCUUGUCGGUGGUGCCGCCCUCGCCAAGACCGCCACCGCCGUUGCUUUCCUCAACGCCGUCGGUGCCGGCCCCGAGAUCUCCAAGGUCAAGAACUCCAGGAAGAUCCGCGCCGGUAAGGGUAAGCUCCGAGGCCGCCGCUUCCGCCAGCGACGUGGUCCCCUCGUCAUCUACGACCCCGAGACCGACGGCCGUGAGCUCUACAAGGGCCUCCGCAACAUCCCCGGUGUUGAGACCUGCUCCGUCACCGCCCUCAACCUCCUCCAGCUCGCCCCCGGUGGUCACCUUGGCCGCUUCGUCAUCUGGACCUCUUCCGCCUUCAAGGCCCUCGACACCAUCUACGGCACCACCACCGAGCCUUCUGCCCUCAAGAAGGACUUCCUCCUUCCCUCCAACAUCGUCUCUCAGGCUGAUCUCACCCGUCUGAUCAACUCUUCCGAGACCCAGAGCGCUCUCAACGCGCCAAAGGGCAGCAAGGUCACCCGCCGCACCGUCGUCCAGAAGAAGAACCCCUCAAGAACAAGCAGGUCAUGCUCCGCCUGA